CUCACAGGCACGCCAUCGCGUUUAUACAUACAAAAGCAACACUAUGAAGGCCGUAGUGGUUGGGGCCACUGGUGCGACGGGCGAAAAACUUGUGCGCCAGCUAGUAAAUGUCUCCGCCUUCAAGGAGGUUGUGGCAGUCGGUCGUCGGGUGUUAGAAAACGUCGAGCCUGGCACCGCCAAGCUUGACCUCCGGGCCAUUGACAUGGACAAACUGGAGACGGAGGCCCGCCCCGCGUUCGAGCAUGCUGACUGCGUGUUCUGCUGCCUUGGAACGACGCGUAAGGUGGCGGGCAGCGCCGCAGCCUUCAAGAAGGUGGAUUUCGACUACGUGGCCGCCACCGCCCGCCUGGCCAAGUCCUGCGGCGUGCGGCACUUCAGCCUGGUGUCGGCAACAGGAGCUAACGCCAAGGUGCCGGCCAACGACUGGGGCAUCUUCCACGCCCUGCUGUACACCAAGACCAAGGGGCUGGCGGAGCAGGCGGUGCUUGGUGAGGGCUUUCCCCGCACCAGCAUCUUCAGGCCGGGGAUGCUGGAGCGUGGCGCCAAGGCGCGGGCGGGCGAGAAGAUGUUUGCCUGGCUCAGCAGCCUGGACGUGCAGGACCUGGCUCGGCUUAUGAUCCUGGAUGUGCUGCGCGACCCCGCCACCGCCAAGCCAGUCAUGUUCUUUGAGAUGGGCGAGCUGCAGCGGGCCAAGAAGCUGGCCAACACGCCGCCCACAGCCGACAAGGCCUACUGAAUUUACGUGAUCUACUCGACAGAGGCAUGGAGGUCGAUGCGUGAACGCCUCGUAUGAUGUGGCGCUUGCAACGCGCGCGUGUACACUAUAAUGAUGUUGCAGGCUGUCUUGGAAGGGACUGCUGGACGGGUGCCGGACAUAAGGAGCAAGGGCUGUCCUGAACACCGUCCGCACAGCUGCAUAAAGAGGGGCAAGCAGUGUCACGCAGUGUUGACCAACUGUGUGUGAGGGUGCGUGACGCGUGUACAUGCUUGCCGCCAUGCCCCAGUGAUUUGAGCAUAUCUAGCCCGGCACCCUCUCGUGCCGUUGCACCAGACCUGGCUGCGGUUGGGGACGACGCGUUGCUGCCACUUGCUUUUAUGUUUGCUGGGGACGCACAGUGACACGGAAGACAUCGGCAUUGCAUCAAGCCUGAUGGGUUGCUUACGCGCUUUCGCGUGCAUUGGCUCGUUCGCUAUUAUGCGCCUUGAAGGCUGGGCGGCUAAAUCGUCAAGAUAGCAUGGCCCGGUCACCCGCACAACCAAUCAAGACCCGCUGGCGGGCCAGGGCGGGCGACCUUAAGUCUUGAACGCUGCUGGUAAACGCUACAGGCAUUCAGCUGCGCUGAUAGAGAGAGGGGCGUGCCCACGGAGCAGAGAUGAAUGUUCAUCAAGAUGAAGGGGGUGGGCGCAUGCCGGUUUGCAGACCCACUGCGCGUCUUGCUGCGCAUGCCUCACAGAACGCGGUCUGUUACCCCACACGUGGCCAUGCGGGUGUGCUGUGGAAGAGGGGCAAGGCAUGUUGGUGAAUUCCCCUAGGGUGCAUUCCCGUAGGAUUCCCAGACCCCAGCACAUAGCAAACAGUUUGCGACGGCAGUGCAUGAGCGGGCAGCUGGUCGAACGCCGGAGUUACUGUACCAACAAGUUGCUGGCUGGACCUGUGGAAGUUUGCUGGCGCGGCUGGUGUUGGAGCUGACGAUUCAGUCAUGCAUUUGGAGCCCACGUCCCGAUGGAGUGGGACUGAGCUUGGGACUGAUCCAAAGCAACAUACCGGAACAAGAUGACCUCCCACAAGGGCUCCGUUCACAUUGACGCCUGACACACGAGUGCCCAGUGGUUUCACGCUCGGUGGGGAGAUGCAUCCACGACCCGCUUGCCCGCACCGCCCAUGCACUCCGCUCGGCGUCUUGCAUCAAUGUAUCCACUUCCACGUCCGUAGACUGCGCUAGCAACUACCAAUUGUCUGGCCAGGGGGGGGUAGAAAGCUCAGUUUCUUACCCCAUGCUCAAAAUUACAGAGCUUUCGGAGAGCAUUACGCACGUACUUUUAGUUUUGUAAGGGGGUGUCUGG